AUGGCAGAUGACCACGACGACAGGGACCGCACCGACAAUCAUCCGUGCAAGGAUAAUUUGCAUCAUCAUUCUCAGGUUGCAGUCUCACGCGCCGCCUCAAAGGGGAGGUAUGCAAGGUUUAAAGAGAAUUUGAAUGCCAAGGCAGAGCAGACAAAGCAACACCACCAUCAAGUUGCCGUCUCAUGCGCCGCUUCAAAAGGGAGGAGUCGAGCUGGUUGGAUGUCCAAGGAGAGGAGCACUCCUGAAGGUAUCAACAUGAAGGAACAUGGUUGGAGGUUUCGGUUCCCCUUCCCUGAACUCCCGAAGUCGACUUAUCGUGGUGACCUGAAUUCCAUUGGAAGGCCAGUUGUAAUGAAACAGAGGAAACCUCUGGAGGUGAGGAACGCUCGCCGUGAAAGAAGAGUCGCGGCAAAACAAAAGGCUGCGCGCUACCAUGCGGAGGUGGCCCUGCGUAAAUACAACAGAGCAAACAACACCAAGUUUGAGCUAGUGGAGGUAAAAGUGAUAUCUAUAUUUUCCGAGUUCGGAGGGGCUGGGGCCCAUUAUAACUUCACAGCUAAGCAGCCUGAGGACCAGCAUUCUGUUGAUGCUGACAGUACCAAGCUAUUCUUCUCCGAAGUUAACCUCGAUUUUCGGAGUGAGAAUGAUGUGAUCAUGAGCUGUAUAGUUGGGGAAAAUGAUGCAGGCCAUUGCUACGGAUGCGAAAACUACCAGCCUGUGAUUCACCCAAGCAGCCAAGCAUACGGCGGCGGUAGUAGUACUUGUAUUGACUACCCUUAUCCGGACAGCGAGAGCUCAGACAGCGAUUAG